AUGGCGACUAUGGCUCAGACAGCGGUGCAAGGGAAUGGGGAGGUGGCGGGGACUCUGCACAACACUGGGAAUGGGAUGGCGCAAGAGAAUGGAAGCAUCAAUGGAGCGGCGCAGUCGAACGGAAAGAGGAGGAAAUUACAUGGGCGCGCAUUCUAUGAGAGUAUCGGCAGUCCAAAGCUCAUCCUUGCGCCCAUGGUCGAACAAUCAGAGUUCGCAUGGCGACUACUCUCCCGCUCGUUCCUCCCCGAAUCUCAGCAGAAAGACCUCCUAGCAUACACCCCAAUGUUCCACUCGAAGAUGUUCGGCGAAAAGAGCAACUACCGCGACGCCCACUUCCAACCCCUCAAGUCAACUAUCCCCUCACCCAGCGACGACUACCACCUCUCACAACUACCCGAAUCGGACAGACAUCUCGACGGCAACCCCGCGUUCGACAGACCCCUCACCGUACAAUUCUGCUCGAACGACCCCGAAGACUUCCUGCGCGCGGCAAAACACGUUGCGCCUUUCUGCGAUGCGGUAGAUCUGAAUCUGGGAUGUCCACAAGGAAUCGCGAAGAGGGGGAAAUACGGCGCAUUCCUGCAGGAGGAUUGGGAUCUGAUAUCGAGGAUGAUACGCAAGCUACACGAGGAGUUGGAUGUCCCAGUCACAGCGAAAAUGAGGGUGCUCGAGACACCGGAAAAGACACUCGCAUACGCAAAGACACUAUUAGACGCCGGCGCAAGCAUCAUCACAGUGCACGGCCGGCGUCGAGAACAAAAAGGCCACAACACCGGCCUCGCAGACUGGAAGAUGAUCCGCCACCUACGGGAGAACCUUCCUAAAGAAACCGUCAUAUUCGCCAACGGCAACAUCCUCCAACACGAAGACAUCGCCGCGUGUCUAGAAGCCACAGGCGCAGAUGGCGUCAUGAGCGCAGAAGGAAACCUCUACGACCCCACCAUCUUCGCCGCACCACCGCCACCCGGCCAGGAAGGACGAGAGUACUGGCGCGGUCGCGACGGGAAGGGUGGGUACAGGAUGGACGCUGUGAUGAGACGGUAUAUGGACAUCAUCCACAAAUACGCACUCGGUCAGGACCCACCACAACGGAAACCGCUCUGGAUGCCCGGCGACCCCGACGUCGACGUCGAGGCCUCGUCAAAACAACCGGAAGAAACAGCCGAUUUCAACACCAACACCAACACGGAUGCAGCAGAAAACGGCAAACGCCCCGCCGACCAAGACGAAAGUCCGCCAAAGAAGAAACAAAAAUCGUUGUCUAAAGCUGCGAAGAAGAAAGAAGCUAGCAACCCCAAUCUCACGGCUAUGCAAGCUCAUCUGUUUCAUCUAUUGCGUCCGCUGGUUUCUCAACAUCAUAAUGUACGAGAUGCGCUCGCACGGUCGCGGACGGGCGAUAUUGAUGCCUUCGAAAACGUGCUUUCCCUCGUUGAAGACGCGGUCAAGACUGGUAUCCAGAAGUACGAGGAAGAGCAUGCUAACGCUUCCACCGAACCUACCUCCACAAUGGCAGUAAAAGAAGAAGAAGAAGGCAAUGGUGCAAGAGAGGAGGAGGAACUAGACCCCUACGAAUCCUCCCUCGCAACCGUCGCACGUGUCAAGAGGCCGUAUUGGGUGUGUCAGCCGUAUGUUAGGCCGUUACCGAAGGAGGCGUUGGAGAAGGGGAGUAUGACUGUUAGUAAGAAGGAGAGGAAGAGGUUGGAGGAGGAGAAGGAGAGGGCGGAGAAGGCGGUGAAGAAGGGGGAUGAGGAGGUCAAGAGUGUGGGGUUGGUGCCUGGGGGGAGGGUUGAGGAGAAGGUAGUCAGUGAGGAGGGUGGAGAUAAGAAGGCGAAUGGGGAGAAGGAGGAGGUUGUUGAGGAGCCGAGGGAUGGUAUGGUCUGUGGUUGA